AUGAAAAACAGCACUGCAGCGGCCAGCCUGAAGUGUGGAGUCUUUGACUGCCAAUGCAGCGAAUUCCAAGGGCGCAGGCCACGAUGUAGGUACGCCGAGAAGCACACCACGGACCCGGAAGCAAACCCGGAGUGCUACAACAAGGCGGAGGAUCACUUGUCCCGUUUUUCUCAUCCGUGUGAUGCAGACUGGAAGACUCCAGGCAAAGACAAGGAGAUGUGCUUGUGCGGCCACAAGAAGAAACUUCAUGCUUCGGCUGCCUCUGGGGCAGCUGCUGUGCCAUACCCGGCAUAUUGGAGCCGUCGCCCUCAGGGUGGAGGGUGUGGAGGGUGUGGUGCUGCUCCGUUUAGAGCACUCCUUCGCCCCACCCAACAAAUGAUUGCAACACCGUCACCGGUCACUUGCUGA